AUGAAAUCGCUAAAUACUGUCAAGGUUUUCAUCCUAGUAACAACCGUCAUCCAGUUUGGUCAUGUAUUUGUCACCUGCCACCAGAACUCAGGCCUAACAAUCGAGGUUCCGGACAGAGAAGAGAUGUGCUUCUACGAAAAUUUCGAAGGAAGUCGCAUGUACAUCUUCGAGUUUCGAGUUUUGAGAGGUGGAAACUACGAUAUUGACGUACUUGUUGAAUCGCCAUCUGGUAAAGAGAUCUACAACCAAGUGAGGAAAACGAACGAUCAUAUCAUGUUUCAAAUAUCUUGGGGGACGUUUAAAUUCUGCUUCAGCAACCAGUUCUCAACGAUAACUCACAAGAUCGUGUAUUUCGAGAUCAGACCAGAAGAUCACAAACCCCUGGCAGUCGAAGGCGGUAGAAAGGGACCCAGCGCCAACACGCAGGUCGAAGAAUCGAUGGAGGUUAUUCAUUCGAUGGCCACGAAAAUUAUGGAGCACCAGAUGAAGUACCGUCUGAGUGAGGCCAGAGGGCGAAAUGAAGCGGAUCUUCUGAAUGAACACGUGCAGACGUAUUCAAUCAUUCAGGCUGUCAUCAUUCUUGUAGUCGGUCUGGGGGAACUCUUUAUUUUGAAAAUGUUUUUCACGGAAAAAAGACCGAAAGAUUCAGCGACGGCGACAGCCACCGGCAGCGAUUCUGCGGACCCCAACGUCCACAGAUUCUCAACAGUCAGACCGUAA